AUCGUCAUGGCCUUCUUUAAUUUACUAAAUCGUGUAGAAUACGCGUGUGUCUGUGGCCUGCUGAACCCUCUUACCAAGCUUUACUUUUGUCGACAUUGCAUGAAGCUGCGCUGCGGUUUCUGCGUUUGUCAUGAGGUUGAUUCCAACUUUUGCUCCAACUGUUUAGAAAACAUACCAUCUUCCGAGACAAAGAUACGCAAAAAUCGCUGCAACACCUGCUUGAACUGUCCCAGCUGCCAGCAUACACUGUCGGUCCGUGCCUCGAUUGCUACGGUGCCUUUGCACGCUGGCGCAGAGUCAAAGGAGAGCUCACCGGCUAUCGAAGAUUCGCCGAAAAUGAAACCGGCCAGCGGCACACCGGACACAACUUCCGUUGCGCCAUCCGGUACCAAGCAAGUCACGAAGAAGAUGUACUAUCUGGCUUGCUUGACGUGCCGCUGGAACUCGCACGAUAUCGGUAUUCCGGAUCAGACGGCCGCUACCGGGCAGUGGCCAGAGCCGGAGUAUCCCAAUGCGACCCGAUUCGCGCUACUACUAGAGCACUAUCAGUCGGUUGUUUUGCAUGAAAAGCAAGAGCGUCAGGAGCUUUGGCGUAGAAAGGCUCCGAAGAAGAGUCAAUUUCCUAGCUUGACGGAUCGGACUGGGCUGACGGCAUCGAUGGUGCGCCGUCAAAUGGGAUGGUCGGAUGGGAAGGUGCAGCUGAAAACGACACCGACUCCAAUCAAGGAGUCGACUGCGUCUGAGGAGGUAGACGAACUGCCGAACGAGCUAUUCGACACUGAGGUAAAUCUCAAAACGGUCACGACGCUUACCCAGCGCUUGGCACAGCCAGCCAAGCAGUCGGCUUCGGUCAGUCAACUUUAUCCACAGCAUAAGCUGCUCUCGAUCAAACGUUCACUGCGCUGCCGACAGUGCGACCACAACGUGAUCAAGUCUGAGUACAAUCCUUCCUCGAUCAAGUACCGUAUUGCAUUGUUCGCCGCUUACCAUGUACCAGAUGUGCGCUUGGUAAGCUGUGACCCGUUACGGAAUGAUGGUUCGGAUGCGGUACUUCUCCUACGCAUCACAAACCCCACGAUCAAUGAGAUGACUAUCACCAUUAUGGAUUUGCCGACGGUCGAGGAAGAGCAGCUGAUGAUACAGGAACUGAAAUCACUGGCAUUGGAAAGCAGCGCAUCAUCUGCCAGUGUUUCGCAUCCGUCAUCACUGUCCAGUCUGAACCCUGGCUUUGUGCGUCAAGGCACACUGAUUGAGGAACCGCGAUUGAUUGGUCGUACUGUGAACGGAGUACUGAAGUUACCCGACAGCAGCUUCGUUAUCAAUCAGCGCGACGAUUCGGCCGAGUUUGACGAGGUCGUGCAGGGACAUCAGGAUGAACCCAAAUUUGUAGUUUGGGCCAAAGCAAAUCACGUUGUUAUUCGGCUUGGAGUACAGGUUAAACCAGACGUGUCCAUUGUCGAGGACAUAGUUGUUGGAUUUUCUCUACAAUAUACCUACUUUAAUACAGUGGCAGACAAAAGUGUGGCUCCAGUAUCAUCAACAGUACCAACAGCACAAACUGGUUCCAACAAAGAUCAGAAAUGGCAUGCAUUAAGUACGCGUAUAUAUGUAAAUCUUGGUAAAUUGCAAAGCGUGUAG